UCCACGCAGAAACGCUCCUCAAAGAAGAAGCAGGAGGAAGAGGGAGAGAAAGAAAAAAAAAAACCCCCCAUAGGCUUAUCUCUCCCUCCGCUCGGAACGACGACGACCCGAGCAGCGGCCCCGCAUUCCAUCGCACCUCGAUCACGCUCCGAACUUGUACCUGAACAACCUCAACUAGAGAGUGGACGCUACUCGCCGACGACAAUGGCACCAGGCGUCGCCCGGUACACAAUCCUCGCCUUCGGGCUCUCCUCCUUCAUCGCGGGCGUCAGCUCCCUGCUGCGCCCGUCCGGGGCGCUCGCGUCGCUGAACCUCCCCGCCGGCGCGCUCCCCGCCGCGAACGGCAACGCCCUCGCCGCCGUCGCCAUGGGUGUCUAUUACACCCUGGCCGUUGCCCAGGACAACCGGCCGUUCUUCCUCGCUACCGUGCCGAUGCGCCUCGCGUCUGCCGUCGUCUUCUGGCGGCAGGGCUGGAUGGGGAUCGCGGUGUGGGAGGGUGGAGGCGCGGCUCUGACGCUGCUCGCAUUGGCGUGGGAUGCCCGACAAGCAAAAGGGAAGAUGGCGUAAAAUUUCUUGCAGAUACCAAACUGCACACGAAUCUGGCUCUGGUCGAGUCAGUUUCACUUGGUUAAAUGGGGGGAGAGGGGCAGGCGCAUUCAAUCACAUCGUCCGAGUAAGCCCUAAGUCGUGUGGGGGGUGCGUCCGCGUGGAUAUAGUCUGGGACUCUGAUACCAGAAUACUGUCGUUGACCAAACAAGGUAGAGAUGUGGUACUGAUGUAAAUCGCUGCUAGAGACCCAGACCGCUCCCUCGGCUCCUCGCUUCGAGAAACGAUAACGCAGAUAACGCAGACGAGUAAUCAUAGUUCAUUAAUCAAUAUGAAUAAUCAUC